AAUCUGUUCAACAUAUGUGGAAGUUUGUCAUUAUAGCCUAUUCAAAUAGACCAUUUUGCAAGACCAAAUGCAUUCUAAAGUAUUCCUGAAAGUCAAUUGGCUUUGUACUUUCGUUUUCAUGGUGAAGAAACUUUAGAGUUUGGAGAUUGUUUGCGUUAUUACUUUUCAAACUAUUAUCUUUCAAACUGCUUUAUCAAGCAAGAUGGAUUCAAUGGUGCGCAACCCGGAUGUCAAGCAGAGAGACGCAGCUCAGGCUGUGGUUGUUGCAGUGUCAUCAGACGCAAUUUUUGACCCAGAAGUUGAGCAAGUCCAUGGAGCAACAGAACCUUUGAGAAAGGGAGAUGCUUUUCCUUUCAUGAAGGCCAUCCAGGUAGUGAAUGAAAGACUGCUGACCUUGAACUCUGAUGAGACAUUGCUGUUCGAUGUGAUUCUGCUGUCCAAUGACAGCGAAGAAAAACACUCACGGAUCAUUGCCAGUGCAAAACAUUAUGGUCUUGAUAUUGGCAGAUUUUGCUUCUGCAACAAGGAGGAUUCCAUUGAGAGCCUGCAAUCAAAAAAUGUGAAACUGUUCCUGUCAACGGAUACUAAUGAUGUGUGCAAGGCCUUACAAAAAGGUGUUCCAGCAGCCCUACUGUACCGUCAGACAGACCCACAUCAUCAGACAGAGGAUCAGCUCAAAGUGGUGUUCUCGGGAGACGUGAUUGGAUCCUCAGAGGAGAUGCUGCAUGGCUUAAGAGAACAGGGCUUCACCGAGACCCAGCUGCAGGGCUUCAAAACUGCAAAGGGUUCCGUGAAAGAGUUUGCCGUAUUGAUGGGAGAGAUGAGGAGGAGGUUUGGGUUGGAGGGAAGCCCCCUCUGCACCGGACUGAUGACAGUAUGGAGCUCCAGGGAUGUGUGUGCCAGCGCCCUGAAGACUCUACGAGGCUGGGGACUGCUUGUGGAUGAGGCCUUUUGCCUGGCCGGAGCCCCUCGUAGCCCCAUCCUUAACUUGGUACGGCCGCACAUCCUCUGCCUCGAUGGCCUGUAUCACAUGGAGGGGUUCACUGCAAUGUCAUGAUGGAUGGCAGACCGAAGGGAAGAAGAUGUGGUGCGGUGCAUAUAGCCUUCGUAAAUAAGAAUGACCAUAACUCCAAUAUUUGAACCUGUGAAUUAGCCUCAGGUAAGUCAUGUGAUGUGUGACAGGAAUGACCGGUAAAUAGCAACCAAUGUAACCAAUGAUGUGCAAUGAACACCUCUCAGGAGAGACUGUGUCCGGUGUAUGGAUCCUUUACAGUCGAACACCACAGAAGUGGUAGAAAAGCCAUCAGAAUUUGCAUAAACAACAAAUUAAUUAAUUAAAAAUAAAGAUUUGAAAUCUCUGUGUA